AUGCUUCUUAAAAUUUUAACUAUUUUUGUUAUCAUUGCUGUUUUCCAUUCAACAAUAAAUGCAUCAAUAUUUCGUGACUACACAGAGGUUGGUGAUGCAUAUGAAUUUAAUUUUGGAGGCAAAAUUAAAGGUUUAAUGGUUAUUCGUGAAGAAGGAAAUGAAGAUGAAGAGUUGAUGACAGAAGUUGAAGGAAAAUUUCCAAAUAUAAGAUUGACUGAGGAAGGUAUUCUUAUAAUUUCACCAGUUACAGAAAAUGAUUUUGGAAUAUAUCAUGUAAUAGUUGAAAAUGAAAAUAAAACCGAAGAGGAAGAAGGAGAAAAUGAUGAAGAAGUUACAGGUGAAGUUACAGCACCACCAACAUUAUAUCUAUCAAGAAAAACUUUAUAA